AAUACUUCAACUAUUGCUUUUGCUGACCGAUGGAGCAAUUGGAAGCUAAGAGUCGGUUGCCAUGAAAGAGAAGCCACAAAGCGACCAACAAGGCAACAACCUAUCAAUAUGUGUGAACAAAGGUGUUGCCGUAAGGUUGUAACAUGGGAAAGCCGGUGCAGGAAAGCAAAGAAAGAAAGAAAAGAAAAAGGAGUCACAAUCAAAUGCCUUUUCACUCGCCUUUGAGCAGAAUUCAGCCAAUUUGACCCUAUUCUAAUGAUCAAAUCUUGAAAAAUAUUGACCGCCCGCCCCAAUCGUUGUUUUAUUUCUAAGAUUUUGAUAAUGGGUUCUCAUUCUUUCCCAUUCAUUCCCUCACAACAUUUCCUUUCCAAACUACCUGGUCUUGGCGUUUGCUGCACCCACGGACCCAUAAGACAUUUCAAAGCCUUUUUGGCUCGGUCGGGUUGUAUUUAAAAUCACUCCCAACUUCAGGAUUUGAGGAAGAGAUGUGUUAAAGAAUUUGGGUGUGUAAGAACUUCCAACUCUGUAGCAAUGAUUCGUAGUUGCUUUGGUGCCUUGAGAGACUGUAAAGGGCAGAAUAUUGCCGGUCAGACAGAGGCAGAAGGAAUUUCUACCAAUAAUGUACAGCUCUUUUCUUAUAACUAUUUGAGAUCAGCAACACUGAAUUUCCAUCCAUCGCGAAAAAUAGGUGGAGGAGGUUAUGGAGUUGUCUAUAAGGGAUUUCUAAGAGAUAGUACUCCAGUUGCAAUCAAAUCUCUUUCUGCGGAAUCUAAACAAGGAACUAAGGAAUUUUUGACAGAGAUUAAUGUGAUCUCAGAUACACGACAUCCAAACCUUGUUGAACUCAUUGGCUGCUGUGUUGAGGACAAUCAUCGGAUAUUGGUGUAUGAAUAUAUGGAAAACAACAGCCUUGCAAGUGCUCUGCUCGGUUCAAAAAGUAAACAUGAUGCUCUGGAUUGGCCAAAGAGAGCUGUUAUAUGCCUGGGUACAGCUUCUGGUCUUGCAUUUCUUCAUGAGGAAGCUGAACCACAUAUUGUCCACAGGGAUAUUAAGGCUAGCAACAUACUUCUUGACGGAAACUUUCAUCCUAAAAUAGGAGAUUUUGGGCUGGCAAAGCUUUUUCCAGACAAUGUCACUCAUCUUAGUACUCGUGUGGCGGGAACUGUGGGAUAUCUGGCCCCAGAGUAUGCACUUUUAGGCCAACUCACAAAGAAGGCGGAUGUAUACGGUUUUGGAGUGCUUUUGCUUGAAAUAAUUAGUGGUAGAAGCAGUAGUAAGGCAGCAUUUGGGGAGGAAUUACUUGUUCUGGUGGAAUGGACAUGGAAACUAAGAGAAGAAGAAAGACUUCUGGACAUUGUUGAUCCUGAAUUAACAGGGUAUCCAGAGGAUGAGAUGAUGCGCUUCAUUAAGGUGGCUCUGUUUUGUACCCAGCGCAGUGCAAACCAGAGGCCUACCAUGAAGCAAGUAGUAGAAAUGCUUUCCAAAGGAGUUCACCUCAAUGAAAAGGCACUAACAAAGCCAGGAGUAUACAGAGUAAAUACCUUUAAUAAAGACUUGGGUGGCACCAGUUCAGAGGAAAUAUCUACUCGGGCAGAGAAAGGAAAGCAACCAGUAAAUUCAUACGACUCAAUUAACACUGACAGUGUGUCUCUGAUGUUUCCCAGAUGAUGCAUUCAAGGAUGUUCGAUUGGAACCUUUCAUUUUUUAGGAUAAGCAUCUUAAAGUAAACCUGUUAAGAUCUCUUUUAUCGGAUUUGGAUCCCAUCAAAGAGGAGGGAGACGGAAAAUUGUAGGGCUCUGACCCAUUUAUGAAUUUAUCCUUUGUUUUUCUUAGUAAAUAGAUACGAAAUGGUCACAAUUUGUAGAAUGACAGAACUAUCAACUGCCGUAUUAUCCAAGGACAGGAGCUUAGGCAAUAGGGUGACCAUUCAUUUUCGUGUGUCAAGUUCGAAUCGUGUUAAUACAUAAAUAUAAGACUAUAUAAGUCAAUUAUAACUUAAUCUAUUUAAAGGUCAA